GCGGUUAGUAGAGAACUGACUUUCGGAAAGUGAGUUUCAAAGGCAAGAACGCAAACCACAAAAGAAGAUUAAAAUAUAUUGUAAAUUUUUGUGCUUUAUGUUAUGUUGUCAUUUGUUAUUCAGAGUUCUGAGAUUUGUUGAAGAUUUAUAUGAAUUUUCAUAGUGCGACACCAUGAAUAAGAACUCGAACGAUAUGAAGCAGAAUCCAAAGGAGACUGCAAAUAUUUUCAGUCAGAUCUUUCUUUGGUGGACAUUCGAUUUGUUUCUAAAAGGCAUAAAGACUGAUUUGAAAGAAUCUGAUAUUUACAGACCGCUAAAAGAAGACUUGUCGGAAAAAGUAACAGAUCAUCUUGAAAAACAUUGGAAUCGCGAGCUGGAAAAGAUGAAAAAGUUGGAAUACACUGUGAGCAAAGACGGACAGAAAGUGCCAAUGAAGAAAAAUGUCCGACCACGAUUAUACAAGGCACUCUUUGCUACUUUUUGGUUACCGUACUUUAUUGUUGGAAUUUACAUGUUUAUUCAGGCUUGUAUAUUACGCGUGUUGGUACCAGUUCUGCAGGGCUGGAUCAUCGAUUAUUUUAACGUAAAUCCAAACUCGACAGGAGGAAAAAUAACAAGGAACGAGGUGCUGUUCUACAUUGUCUACAUGAUUAUUUGCACUAUUGGCGUCGUUGUGGUGCUGCAUCAAACAACCUUGAUAUCGAUGCAGAUCGGGAUGAGAGUACGUGUCGCCUGCAGCUCUCUUCUGUAUCGAAAGUUAUUAAAGCUGAACAAAACAUCGUUGAGCCAAACUGGUGCUGGACAGAUUGUGAAUAUUCUUAGUAAUGACGUAAAUCGCUUUGAUCUGCUAUCAGGGUUUCUGAAUUACGUGUGGAUUAUGCCAAUCCAGGUUAUAGUCGUGGGAUACAUAAUGUGGAUGAAGAUCGGCGUUUCCACCCUCGUUGGCAUCGGAUCGCUGUUGAUCAUCACUCUGCCAAUUCAAGGAUCUUUCAGCUUGCUAAGUCGCAGCAUCAGAGCCGUAAUCGCGCCGUUGACUGAUCGAAGAGUACAGCUUAUGAGCGAGCUCAUAGCUGGAAUACAAGUAAUAAAGAUGUACGCCUGGGAGAUACCGUUCAGCAAAAUAGUGUCGGUGACUAGAAUGUUAGAGAUACAGAAGAUCAAAUUCUCGUCUUACAUACGCGCCGCGUACCUGGCAAUCAUUGUAUUUACUGAAAGACUCAUUCUCUUCUUUACUUUGGUAAUGUUUGUUCUAACGGGAAACGAACUAUCCGCCGACGUGACAUACGUUCUGGCGACUUUUUUCAACGUCCUUCAACUCACCACCGCAUUGUUGUUUCCGCAAGCAUUGAUUCUGCUGGGUGAGACGAUGGUGACUAUGAAUCGACUGGAGGAUCUUCUGCUAAUGGACGAAGUGAACAUGAAACAAACGCGCUCACCGCCGACAACUCCGAAGUCAAAUGAAACGACGGACAAGUAUUCAUCUAAAACCAGGAGUUCCGAUUGUCUUCAAUCUCAGGAAUCGCCACACCCGGUUUGUGUGGAACUUCAGCGCGUUUCCGCCAACUGGAUCAACGGCCAAUUGCCGCCGACGUUGUGCAACAUCUCCAUGACUAUUAAACCAGGUGAACUGUGCGCCCUGGUAGGAGCUGUAGGUUCCGGCAAAUCGUCGAUGCUCUAUUUGUUGCUGAAAGAGCUUGAUCUUGGCGCGGGUUGCGGAAUGCUUAUUCAAAACUCACUAAGCAAUCUUCAGAGCAAUCUAAGCAACGAUUACAUCACGAACAAUCAAAAUUUGUGCAUUUCCUAUGCAAGCCAGGAACCCUGGCUUUUUGAUGGUACCGUGAGGGAUAAUAUAUUGUUCGGUCAACCUUACGACAGAGCCAGAUAUACUCAGGUGACGAACGUAUGCGCGUUAACAAAAGAUUUUCGGCAAUUUCCGCAAGGUGAUAUGACGAUAGUUGGAGACAGGGGUGUGUCCUUGUCUGGAGGUCAAAGAGCGCGGAUUAAUCUCGCGAGGGCGGUUUAUAGGAAAGCAGAUCUCUAUCUUCUAGACGAUCCGUUAAGUGCGGUGGACACUCACGUUGCUAGACACCUUUACAAGAGAUGCAUCGUUGAGUAUCUGAAGAAUAAAACGAGGAUCCUCGUCACUCAUCAGCUACAGUUUCUCAAACGCGUCGACUACAUCGUCGUGCUGGAACGAGGUUUCGUGAAGAUGCAAGGUAGCUAUCACACGCUGGUAAAAUCGAACAAGGACUUUAUCAUGAUGAUGAAUACCUUGGAAUCGAGUCAUGAGGCGCAAAAGAAGGAAGAAGAAGCUAAGAGAAUCUCGGAAUUAUCCUUAAAAAGACCUUCAAUGGUGAAACGGCGAUCUUCGAUAUUGUCAAUCGCAAGCUCUAUUGCGUAUUCGGAGAUCGACGAUUCAGAUUAUAUAGAAAACGAUCCGGACGGCGAGGCGAUGAUGCACGGCACAUUAUCCAGCAAAGUGUACAAAGAGUAUUUGCAUCACGGCGGCAAUUAUUUCACGCUAUUCAUGCUGCUGCUUGUCUUUAUCAUCAGCCAAAUCGCCACUACAGGAACUGAUUACUGGACUUCAUACUGGACCAACUUGGAGAGCGUUCGGCGAAGCGAAGGUACCGCCGGUACUGUUCAAAUCAAUCAAGCCUACAAAAACAUGUACAACGAUAGCUUUUUGGGGUCGAUUUUCACCUUGAAUCCGGACGGUCUGCUAAAAACUAUGGACGCCAUUUACGUCUACACGUUCUGCAUCGUUGCCUGCACUGCCACCACGUUAUUUCGCAGUUUUCUGUUCAUGAAGAUCUGCAUGAACUCUAGCUGCAAUCUCCACAACACUAUGUUUUUCAAACUGCUGCAGGCACGAAUGUCUUUCUUCCACACAAAUCCUUCUGGAAGAAUCUUAAACAGAUUUUCAAAAGACAUUGGAACGAUGGACGAAGUACUGCCCAAAGUGAUGUUAGAAGCGAUCCAAAUGACUUUUGUAAUAAUAAGUAUAUUGAUCAUGGAGGUGAUCAUUAAUCAAUGGAUGAUGAUACCGAUAGCGAUAUUGGUUGUAUUGUUCGUUUUGGUGACGAAAUUUUACAUCAGGACCGCGCAGAACGUCAAACGUCUCGAAGGCGUAACUAAAAGCCCUUUGUUCUCCCAUGUGAAUUCUACGCUGAACGGCUUGCCGACGAUUAGAAGCAGUGGCGUCGAUAUAGAAAAGAUGAUGCAAAGACAGUUCGACAUGCUGCAGGAUUAUCACAGCGGUGCAUGGUAUCUCGUUUUGGCAUGCGGAACUGUCUUCGGUCUUAUACUUGACCUGAUCAUGUGCUUGUUUACAGCUCUACUUUGUUUCUCCUUCGUAUUAAUGAACGAUAACGGCAGUGUGCUCAGUAGCGACGUGGGUCUAGCAAUUUCUCAGUCACUAAUUUUGACUGGCAGUCUGCAAUAUGGCGUAAAACAAAUCGCCGAGACAAUGUCGAUGAUGACUUCCGUUGAAAGGAUUCUUCAGUAUACAAAUCUCCCCGCGGAAAAACCGAUUGUUUCGAGCAAUCCUCCGCCGCCUACGUGGCCGACCCAAGGACAAUUAACUUUAAAAAACGUCUGCAUGACGUAUGGCAAGAACGAUCUACCUGCCCUGAAAAAUCUGAACGUGGAUAUAGAACCUGGAUGGAAGAUCGGUGUGGUAGGUCGAACCGGCGCCGGUAAGUCCUCGCUGAUCUCGGCGAUCUUUCGCUUGUUCAACGAGGGCCUGGAUGGCGAGAUCAAGAUCGACGGCCUGGACACAAGCACGGUGGGUCUGCGUGAGCUACGCUCCAAGAUCUCUAUCAUACCGCAAGAGCCGGUGCUCUUCUCUGAGAGUUUGCGCUACAAUCUGGAUCCGUUCAAUCAGUACGACGACGUGCUGUUGUGGAAGGUGCUUCGACAAGUCGAGCUCAGCGAUGUCGCUCUGGAUCAAAGUGUUCUUUACGGCGGCCAUAACUUCAGUGUCGGUCAGCGGCAGCUCAUUUGUCUGGCCAGAGCGAUUUUGAGAAAUAACCGCUUGCUCAUUCUCGACGAGGCCACGGCCAAUAUCGAUUCGCACACUGACGCUUUAAUACAGAACACGAUAAGAAACAUUUUUAAGGAGUGUACUGUCAUCACAAUAGCGCAUCGUUUAAACACUAUUAUAGACAGCGAUCGGAUUAUCGUGAUGGAGAACGGUCAUAUUGUGGAGUUUGGCUGUCCGUACGAGCUGUUACAUAACAAGCCGGAAGGUUACUUCGCAAAAAUGGUGGAGCAGACAGGCAGUCAGAUGGCGCAAAAUCUGCUGGAACAAGCAAAGAAGACUUGCCAGAAAAACAAUCUACAUCGGAAUCUGGACGUUUUGUCGCAACAUUCCAAUGGAAGCGACGUUAUAAUCGCAGAACAAUCUAACUUAUAAUUGCUCACAUCAACAAUAAAGUAACAAUAAUAGAUAUGUGUAAUAUAUAAUACUUUAAUUAUAAUUAAGAAUAUGUUUGUAUUAACAUCCCACACAGAAGAAAAACUCCAUUAGACGUCUAUUAGACGUCGACAGCUCCAUGCGACAUCUAAUAGAUGUCUAAUGGAUGUCUGGAUGGAUGGAUGGUCUGUGUGGGAUGUCACUCUGUAUGUAUACAUAAAGUAAGAGUUAACAAAUUUUGUUUUUCUAAUAUUUUUUAGGG